AACUACCCACCUCACCCCCGAUGGCCCAAACCCAAACCCUACCAGGCCACCAACACGAAAUGCUGCCAUGUUAGCCUCGAGGACCCCCGUCUCGCUCCACCACCGCAUCGUCGCCGGCGGCCAGCGGAGGCGAUGUAUCGGGGGAAGCGAAAGGAAGCCGCAGGGGCGCCAUUUCACGCAGGCGCUCGAGAGCCUCUGGAGGCACAGCCCCCGGAUCCUUCCUCGUCCAGCCGCUGCCGCCGCUACCGGCGGUGAUGCCAAAUCCUCGUGGCAGACACCAGUAGUACUCGAGAACGCUGCCUUCGAGGAGUACUAUAAGGUUCAGCAAAUUGUCCACAAGGAGGAGUGGGAUGCCUUCAUGAGUGUCCUACGGAAACCGUUGCCUGCGACUUUCAGGAUCAACGCCUGUUGCCAGUUUUAUAAAGAUAUCUGCUCAAAGUUGGAAAAUGAUUUUAGGCGAUAUUUGGAGAGUGAGGUUAGCUGUGAGUAUGGAGAAGAUGCUAUCAGGCCCCUGCCUUGGUAUCCAGGCAAUCUUGCAUGGCAUCUGAAUUUCUCUCGGAAGGAACUGAGGAAAAAUCAGGCACUUGAGAGUUUUCAUGAGUUUCUAAAGCAUGAGAGUGAGGUUGGUAACAUAACUAGGCAAGAGGCUGUUAGCAUGGUUCCACCAUUGUUUCUGAACGUACAACCUGAUCACCAUAUUCUUGAUAUGUGUGCUUCUCCAGGCUCUAAAACUUUCCAGUUACUCGAGAUGAUUCACCAAUCAAAAGAACCAGGACUACUUCCAGGAGCAUUGGUGAUGGCCAACGAUCUCUAUGUGCAAAGAUGUGAUCUCCUUAUCCAUAAUACAAAGAGAAUGUGCACCGCCAACCUAAUAGUAACAAACCAUGAAGCACAAAACUUCCCCGAUUGUUCUCUUGCAAAGGAUUAUUCAGAAGCUUAUAAGGAUACCUGCAAGCCACAAGGUUUAGAAUUCGACCGCAUACUUUGUGAUGUUCCUUGCAGUGGUGAUGGGACUAUUCGCAAGGGUCAUGAAAUGUGGAGAAAGUGGAACUCAGGCAUGGGGAACCAACUUCAUCUUCUGCAAGUGAAUAUUGCUAUGCGUGGUAUUGCAUUACUUAAAGUGGGUGGAAGGAUGGUCUAUUCUACCUGUUCAAUGAAUCCUGUUGAAAAUGAAGCUGUUGUAGCAGAGCUCCUUCGAAGAAGUGGAAACUCUGUUGAACUCCUUGAUGUUUCUAGUGAGCUUCCUGAAUUGGUCCGGCGUCCUGGGCUUAGCACUUGGAAGGUACAAGAUCGCGGAUGUUGGUUUCAGACUCAUGAUGAUGUUCCACAUGAUAAGAAGAAUGUAGUAUUGCCAAGCAUGUUUACUUCAAGUAAUGGCACUGAGGGAAGCCAUACAGUGCGUGGUGAUGUUGAAGUGAAUAUAGAUGAUAGGAGCAGCUUAAGAAAUUGCAACAUUGAAGAAACAAGCAAAAAUAAUCAUGAUAUGGAUGGACUUCCUAUCAAUACCAAUAAAAAAUUUGAUUGUACUUCUAACAUACUGAAUUCAAAAUUCCCACUGCAUCGGUGCAUGAGGAUUGUUCCUCAUGACCAAAACAGUGGGGCAUUUUUCAUCGCAGUUCUUCAUAAAUUGUCUCCCUUGAACGGCUGUCAGAUACAGGGCACUAAAAUUCAGCACCCACUUGCAAAAGGCAUAACUGCGCAACCUCAGAAAGAACCUGAGUCAGAAACAAGACUAUAUAAAACUAGUUUGACACGCCAACAGAACAUUGUUUCUAAAGUUGUCGAUUCUGCUGAAGUGCUGGGUAGGCAACAGAAUUUAAGCAUGGACAACCAAACAUCAAAUGAUAACUCAACUGAAGUUGAAAUGGUUUUCAAUGGUGUAGAAAGCAGUCGAGCAGAAUCAGGCGACAGCAUGAGGUUGCAAAAGCAAAGUAGGUGGAAAGGGGUCGAUCCUGUAUUAUUUUUCAAAGAUGAAGUGGUGAUAAAGAGCAUAAUAUCCUUCUUUGGCAUCAAGGAAUCAUUCCCACUCCGAGGUCAUCUGGUGACUAGAAGUACUGAUAAUGCAAGGAGAAUAUAUUAUGUAUCAAAAUCGGUUAAAAAUAUUUUGGAGCUGAAUACAGAAGUUGGUGAGCAGCUUAAGAUCGUUUCGCUUGGUAUAAAGAUGUUUGAAAGUCAUAGAUCGAAGGAUUGCAGUUCAUGUGCAUAUAGAUUGUCCUACGAGGGGUUAUCACUACUGCUUCCAUACAUCAGCAAGAGGAUACUAUAUGCAUCUCCACUGGACUUCCACCGACUUUUACAGUACAGAAGCAUCAACUUUGCUUAUUUUGUUGACGCUAGAUUUGGGGAGGAAGCUGCAUCCUUGAUGCCUGGUUGCUGUGUUGUAGUUUUACUUGAAGGGCAUAAGCAUGUAGAUUCUAUUUGUAAGGAUCCCUCCACAGUUGCAAUUGUUUGCUGGAGAGGGAAGGGGACUAUGAAUGUCAUGGUUUCUCCUCCGGAUAGGAAGGAUCUGCUUGAAAGGAUGGCAUAUCGCUUUGGUCUUGAAGCCUGUACGGAGGGAGAUUAGAAAUCUUGUCGUAAGAUUAAUUGAUCAGACCAGGGGAGAUGACUACAGCAUUGGGACUGGCAAUCAAGAACCUCUAGCUACAAGGAAGUAUACAGAGGAACUGACAUAGCACUUCAGCAUGCUGUUGGAGAGUUGGGGGAUGCUGAAGAGUUCUUUAGGCCAUCCAAAUAGUAUCCAUUGACUUACAAUCUUUAGUUCUGUGUUAUUCUUGCGUGUAAACAAGUCAUUUCCGAUGCAGAAACAAAUCUACUGUUAUCUGUGUUUCACAAUAUUAGCUCGCUCCGUAUAGCUAUAAAGCUUUGACAAUGUUAUCUGGUCCAUAUAGCUAUAAAGCUCAAAAGCUAAACAAUUUUUUGAUGAAA